AUGAGCUGGGAGACAUACCAUGAGCUGAAGAAGUGCCUCCACAUUGAUGUUGAUGUGCUCAUCAACCACCUCAACCACAAGUUCUCGCAGUACUGGGAGCCCUCCUCCAACAUCACAGCUGACAAAUCACUUGUCCCAACCAAGGCCCAGUGCCUGUGGAGCGUCAUCAUCAAGCACAAGCCUCACCCUAAGGGGGUGAAGCUGUGGUCAAUCAUCAACAAGUCCAAGUUCCUCUACACCAUCUCUCUCUUCAAGAAGGUCACCAAGAAGACUGUCACAACCAUCCUUCACAUGGUGGGCCAACCCAUCAGCUCCACUUCCUGCACCACUCUCUACCACAGCAACCCCACGCUCCCCUCCCACACAAUGGCAGCCAUCACCUUUCAGCAUCAAAAGAGCGAGGGUGAGAAAGUUGUCAACUUCCUCAGCAAUCUUCACGCUGGGAAAGUCGUCAGCAGCAGAAAGAAGGGCAACAGCAUACCAGAUAUCGCACACGACUACAAUCUCCACAUGGGCUACGUCGACCAGCUCAAUUCGGCCUGCCAGCAGUUCGCAUACCCACACAAGUUAAUCAACUGGAAGCACGCCCUCUUCUUCUGGCUCCUCGAGGCCACCAUCAGCAACACCUGCCUCAUCUUCAAUCACAUCCAUCACAUGAAUGAGGACUUCCGUACCUUCCGACGCAACCUCGCCGAUGAGCUGCGAAAGGAAGGACUGCGGCUACCUCUCCUCCAGCACGGCGUCGCACCUAUUCCGAAUCGAGGGAAGAGAAAGUGUUUCAUCUGCCGAAAGCAGGGGAGGAACUCGAGCACCACGUGCUACUGCCCAGCAUGCAAGCAUCCUCUCCACGCCAAGUGCUACCCUGUCCUGCACGAGCGUGUGCUUGCCUCUCAAGGGAGGAAGCGCAAACGACCCGAGGAGACCCCGAGAGAGUCCGACUCUGACGUGCCUGACCUCGACCUCGACCUUGACCUUGACACCAUGCUCGAUCUGCGCCAGUUAGAAGAGCUCACUCUCAACGAUCCAGAGGAGAGACUGCGUACCGAUGACGAUGCUGCCGAAAUCAAGGAACUGAGCGAGAUGGAAGUGAGUGAUGACUACGACUGGUUAAAAAAGGAAUGGAUGGAGACCUGA